AUGAGUCCUAAUCAGCACUUUGACUUCGUUUCCGGACCACCAUCUGCAAAAACAGAGAAAUCUGAUAGUGCAGAGAGCAAUAAAUGCAAUAGUGGAAAAUCUACGGCUACAUUGAGUGAACAAAGUGAUAAAAGUAAAAAUUGUAAUAAUUUAGAGUGUCGUGAUAUUCACGAUUCGCUUGACUUUGACAACGCUGUACAAUUAACAGGUUAUGGUCUAUUUCACUACCGACUAGUAGCUGUCUGCGCCCUCUGUCUAUUAAACAACGGUCUACAAAACGGUCUAGCCGCCUAUGUAUUCCCCGCAGCGCAAUGUGACCUUCACCUCACCUCUGCCGAAAUCGGCUAUUUAAACGUAGCAUUCCUCGUCGGCGGCGUCUGCAGUUCAUUCCUCUGGGGUGCCAUCGCCGACCUGAUUGGCCGACGCCGUGUCCUACUCUACACCCUUCUCAUCUCAUCGGCUUGCACCCUCGCCGGUGCCCUACAACAACACUACAUCGGUCUAUGCGUAUGCCGCUUCUUCAAUGGAUUCCUCACCGGCGCAGCCGGAAGCAUAACAUUCAACUACGUCUCCGAAUUCCACGCUCCGCAACACCGCUCGAAGAGCGUAUGCUAUUCGGGCGUGUUCUACACAAGCGCCUGGCUCCUGCUGCCGGUGCUUUCCUUCCUCAUCCUGCCAAUACCGGCGGCACGCCUUGGCGGCGUGAGCGCUUGGCGCCUGUUCCUCGCCGUCGUCGCCGUUCCUGAGUGCCUGGCAGGUGUGUGCCUGAUUUUCCUACCUGAAAGCCCCAAGUACGCGGCGGAGAAGGAUCGCGAUAAGGCGCUGCGCAUCCUCAGCGAUAUGUAUGCGGAAAAUCGCAGGUGCGAUGCGGGUGAAUUUCCCGUCAAGCAUCUACGUGCUGAAUCCACCGAUAUUUAUGACAUCGAAGAGGCGAUGGAUGUUGUAUGCGUUGGGAAAGUCAAGCGACUGCUUGGAGAAAUGCUCACACAGAUUAGGAAGAUAUUUCAACGUCCGUUGGUCUACAUGACUGCUUUGAUUUCGUUCAUUAUGUUCUGUAAUAUGUUUGGAUAUUUUGGACUUGGUUUAUGGCUUCCAGAACUCUUCAUGCGUUUCGAACAAUUCGAGGAACGAUUCCCCAAUAAAUCCGCAAGCGUUCAGUACUUGGCAUCAAUGAAUUUCGUCAAAAACGCAACUUGUGUGCCCGAAUUCAACGCGAAACUCUUUCGCACCACUUUAUCCAUCGGUGUCUCAUCUUUACUUGGUAAUAUAGUGUCUGGAUGGCUUUCUGGAAGACUCUCACUCAAAGUAAUACCAUUUGUGACGAUGUUUGUCGGCGGUGUGUCUUCUGGAAUUAUCUACUGGUUGAAUUCGGCGUGGCAGAACUUGGCAGUCGCGUGUAUUUUCCAGACAGUUAUGGCUACAGCUAAUAUCACGCUAGGGGGCGUUGUUGUCGAACUGUUUCCGACGAAAGUGGCCGGUAUCGCACUGUGUUUGACACUCUUCGUUGGCCGCGUUAGCGGAAUGUUAAGCAAUUUAAUGUUUGGAUUGCUUAUGGACAAACAAGCGGCGAUACCAAUUUUUACUGUGUCAGCGAUGCUGCUUAUUGGCACGGUGUUUUGUUUGUUCAUUCCGAAUAGUAACGCGGCGAAUAAAAAUGCUUCCAGCGCGCGCAAUAAACUCACAGAGGUGAUUCGCAAACAGUCGAUUUCUGUUGCUGUCAUUGUUGCUGGCAAUGAUAAACAAAUUGUUUAAUUAUGAGUUAUUACAUUACAUUUUAUUUUAUUGACAUAUUUAAGUAUAUUUAUGCAUUUUUAAAUACAAAAAGCGUAAAGUUAAGGUUAUGUAAUGGACCUUAUAUGGACCUAUUAUAAAAAAAAACAAGUUUUUAUAAUAAAACUAGCUGAUUUCACGAAUUA